AUGAGAAUUUUAAAGAUAAAGAAUUUUAAUUUAAAUUAUAUUAAAACUUCAAAGUUCCUUUUUAGUGGGUACACUGGUAAACAUAUAAGUGACAAGGAUUUAGUUAAGAAAAGCGAUGAUUGGUAUAUUGAAGAAACUAACUUUUGUUUAGGAAGAGUAACGAAACUACGAUUUUCGGAAAAUGAUGAUAUGGCAAGAAGAGUUUUAAAAAUUAUGGACUCCCAACUAAGUAAAAUGUAUACAAGAAUGCGUGAUGGUACUGUUAUACCAUUUAUGUCUUUUUAUUUAAAUGAUGUAAUUGACAAACCAGCUCCUAAUCAUCAAUUUAUUGAACAACCAUUAAUCAAAUGGACAUGGGAUGAGGCAUACGAUGAAGCUUAUGAAGAAAAUUAA